UGUUUUUUGUUUAUAUCUUAUCUUGAAAAGAUGCAGACGAAUUAAAAUUUAGGACUUUUAACCUAGAACUAGUUUUAUUAAGUAACUUACCGACGUGGCUUGUGACUGAUAACAAUAUUAAUUAGGUUCAUUCAUCGAAAAACUCCAGAAUUAUGUUGAAAGCGGUGAUUUUGAUUGGAGGUCCACUUAAAGGCACUCGAUUUCGCCCGCUUUCACUCGAUAUUGCUAAACCUCUUUUCCCUGUGGCUGGGUUACCGAUGAUCCAGCACCAUAUUGAAGCCUGCAUUAAGGUUCCUGAGUUGAAAGAGAUCCUUCUUCUUGGAUACUAUCCGGCUGUGGACCUUGCUCAGUUUGUAAUGGAAAUGGUGCAGGAAUAUAAAAUAAAUAUAAGGUACUUGCAAGAGUUCACAGCCCUGGGUACAGGAGGUGGUAUGUACCACUUCAGAGAUCAAAUCCGGUCUGGUAAUCCUGAGUUGUUUUUUGUCUUAAAUGGCGAUGUUUGUGCCAAUUUCCCACUAGAAGAGAUGCUUGAAUUCCAUCGUAAUCAGGGUGAGUCUGCUGUUAUGACUGUGAUGGCGACGGAGGCUACGAGACAACAGGCUCCACUAUACGGUUGUAUAGUCCGGGACAAAACUAACUCUGCCAUCACACACUAUGUAGAAAAACCGUCCACAUUCGUCUCCACACUGAUCAACUGUGGCGUCUACGUGUGUUCCUUGGAAAUAUUCCAAAUAAUGGCUACGAUAUUCAACAGAAAUCAACAAGAAUAUUACAAUGACAAUACAACCAACGGCACCAAGGAGUCGGGGUGUAUACAGUUGGAGAGAGAGGUUUUGAGUCCACUGGCAGGGACAGGACGAGCGUUUGUGUACACAACAACCAACUGGUGGUCGCAGCUCAAAUCUGCGGGGUCCGCCAUCUACGCUAACCGUCACUACUUACAGCUCUACCACAGCCAUCACCCCGAGCGGCUGGCUAGUGGUGCAGCUGCCACCAUCAUUGGGGACGUCUACAUACACCAGUCUGCCACUGUGCAUUCCUCCGCUGUAAUUGGACCCAAUGUCAGUAUUGGUCCAGGCGCCAACAUAGGUCCAGGAGUGCGUAUCCGGGAGUCUAUUAUACUGCAGGGCGCUCAGAUUUCAGAACACACCCUGGUCUUGCACAGCAUCGUAGGGCGAGGGGUGAGGAUUGGAGCAUGGGCAAGAGUUGAAGGCACCCCUUGCGACCCUAAUCCCAACAAACCCUUCGCCAAGAUGGACAAUCCUCCUUUAUUCAACAACGACGGACGUCUGAAUCCCUCUAUCACCAUUCUGGGUUGUAGUGUGACAGUGCCAGCUGAAGUGAUUUUACUCAACUCCAUAGUUCUGCCUUACAAGGAGUUGACUCGGAGCUUCAAAAACGAGAUAAUCUUAUAGAAGUGUCAUUUAGCUGUUAUGUAAAUUGCCUUUUACAGUUUGUGAAUAUUGUACAAAAAGCCUGUGAACUAAA